GCGCUUUCUCAAAUAAACGAUGGCACAUGUAUAAAGCUUGCUAAGGGUCUCACUUUUCGUCUGAAUGAUAAGUGAUUUAAAAACCCUUUGCGAAUUCCCUCGUAGAUGCUGUUUCAGGAAGGUGCGUAGGUAGGAUGCAGGUGAACUUGUCGUCAAUGGAGAGUUAACUACCUCCAAAACCGUUAUUUCGCAAGCGCUACUGACCGACUGUCCAGUCUUAAAAUGUCUGAAGCUAAAAUAUCUGCAAGUGACCCACUGAAGCUCUGGUACAGUAUAAAGGGCGACGUCAGAACAGCAAAGAACGUUGCUCUGGAGUCGCUCACGUUACAGUCUGUUGACCACUCGGUCUAUGUCAUGCUGCAGAUGAAUUGUGACUUCAUCAAGAAGUUUGAAUUCCUAAACAUCUCCGAAAUAAUUGUGACUAACCUGCGUAAUGGGAUGAGUCUCAUGGAGAUCUCAGACUGUCUAAGGAUUCUGGCCAAGUAUGCCAAAGAAAUGCUCAAGCCAACCAAAGAGAGAUAUAAACAUUGGAACAAGAUUCCGUUCAUGAAGGCUGGUGCACCACAGAAGUGGACAAGAAUGGAUGGCACAAAAACAAUCCUUAAACAACUGGGUUAUACUCAAGAGACAUCCAAGGGCUACAUAUUUCCAUUGCACUCUUUUGGUCCUCCGCUGAAUGUGAUCAAGAGCCUGUCACUGGAGUUAGCUCUUGCAGCUGCAGAGUUGUCAGUCUUCUACAAUAAUCAUCACCCGCACCCUGAAUACAUCCGUAAUAUCAUGUGUUCUGGUGGGGCAAUGCUGCCAUCAGCAUCUUCUGCUGAGCGUCGUGAGUUUAAUGUUAUGGACCUUCUGGCAGAAGUUGGCAACUCUGGUGGUCUUAGGGAUCUCAGUCAAGCACCAGCUGCCCCUCAGAAUUUAAUGUCACCAGCACCACACAAAGGUCGCGGAAGACCUCCCACAGUAUCUAGGGCCUCUGAGGUGGUGGCCAAUUGUGCCGCUGCGUGCAACUGUCACUCAUACUAUGACAACUAUGCUUCCCAGCAGCAGCAGCAGCAGCAGCAACAGCAGCUACCUGCACACCAGCAGGCUCUGCACCUCCAGGCAGCUCACCUUCAACCAGCCCACCAGCAGAGACACCAACAAGAGCUUCAGCAGCAGGAAAUACAACGGCAGCAACAAGAAAUGCAACGGCAGCAACAAGAGAUCCAACGGCAGCAGGAAAUACAGCAACAGCAGCAAGACAUUCAACAACAGGAAAUUCAACAGCAACAGCAGCAGCAGCAAGAGAUUCAACAACAGCAGGAGAUUCAGCAGCAACAGGAGAUCCAACAACAGGAGCAGCAGGAAAUUCAACAACAGCAACCACAGCAGCAACAGCAGGCACGAAUGUUGCAGAAUGACCUGCACGUAUUGCAAGUGCACAGUACAUGUCCCAAAAGCAAAUCAUGCUGUAAGUUCAAGGUUGGUUUCAUGAAAUCAUUGCACAUAAUUGCACACUGUACAAUUGAAUCUCCAUGUAACAAUCUCGUAGGAAAUGCAUAAAUUAAUGUUUGUUUGCAUUUUAGUAUUUGUUGCUCCACAACUAUGUUAUGAAACUAAAAAUUUUCAUUAUCAAAAGAGGCCACUUGGAUGGUAUACCGGUUUAACCUUUUUGCAUUAAAUGGAAUUAGCAAAUCAUACAAAUGCACACUCAGUCCUGACGCUCUGUUGAAUGCAUUAUUGCAUGCCAUUCUGCAUAUCAUUUGGUGUUAAGAUACACAGUCCGUCUGUCGGUAGAGCAUACUAUUCACUUCUCAAUUCAAAUCAAAUAACUGAAUUAUACCAUUCUCGGCUGCUAAUUGCAUUAUACGAUGCUUCAUGUUUCUGCUAAUAUUACGCGCAGCUCUCACAAUACACUCAGUUCUUAGAGCACUGCAACGGGCAUUCUUGUUUCAAUUUCUAAAGUCAUGAGAGCUACAGGAGUUAAAUGUAGUGCAAGAAUAAAUGUGCGAGAAUCAUUACCAUACAAGUAGGCUUCUAUUUCUCAAACAGCAUUUUAUGUUAAACAUUGUGUAGUGCACAGGUCUCAGUGGAAAAAAAAAAAGUGUAUAUCAGUUGCAUAAACAUUCAUUAUGUUAGCAUUUGUUACAUCAUGGUUCAACUGUAUUUUGGAACAGUCACUGUAUUUGAAUCCAGAUUCGGUCAUGCACCUAACUAUUUCACACCAACUGUGCAAUGCUUAUUUAGUUCUACUUAUUGUAUUAAGAAUGUACAUGCCAUAUAUGUAUGCAGAAAGUUUCACCUACUGGGUGUUUCCAAACGUUAUGGUGACGAAUAAUGAGUACCUUUAGUCAGCAGUGCUUCAAAAUAUAUACAUUUUUCCAGACAACCACAAAUAUUCAAUCCCGUUUCCUGUUUCAUUUGCAGCAGUUUAAUGUAGCUUUUGUGCCAAACUGUAAUAGUAGUAUAGAUAUUCCUGUCCAGCUACUUGAUCUGUUACUACUGAUUUGAGUGCAAUAUAGAAUUUGUUAGGGGCCCCCACAGGUGAGACAUUCUACGUAUCCAUGUGCACAAGCGUGUUUAAUUGUAUAUUGUGGGCCCAUACUGGACCCUGUUAGGUUGUGUUGACGUUUCAUCACAUUUUUGUUUGUCCAACACUAUAAAUACCAUUAUAAUACAUAGAAGAAUGAGGGCUCCUCUGCAUUGCAUGAGAUAUUGCACUGCAUUUGCCUUUACAUAUGUAAGGAUGUAUUGUCAACAUGUAACUCAUCCUGUGUUUACUUUAAUGUACCAAAUUGUUUCUUUGGUUCCUUUUGUCUUGAUAAGAUUUUGGCUCAAUCAGAAUUCCCACCUAUAAAUCUCAUCUCGGAAAUCAAAAUGAAGUAGUUCCUAGCACACUGUAGGUAUACUUAAGCCCUCCAUUAAAGAUAUAAAUUAGCUACCAUGCCUACAGUACACAACUUCUAGCACAACAUAAUAUAGUGCACUAUGCUAAACAACUGCACAGGAUUUUGUGACUCAGAGAUAUGCAAACAUUAUUUCUUGGCUUGUAUGUACAAUGUGAUUACAAUGUGAUGCUUAUGGUAUUUCUUAACAGCACGUCAACAUAAUUCCAUAGAGCAUGAUGCAGUCUGUAGAGGAUGUAGAGUUCAGUCAAAGUACUUAUGUACCCGAAAGGGUAAGUACCCAUACUAGAUGUGAAAGCCAACGAUAUUGAUGCAGUGAUGUUUUGCACACGAGGCGUUGUCGUGCUUGUACUAUGCUUAUCCAUUCAGUUACUGUGACAGAUGUACGGUUAAUUUUAUAAUUUAGCUCAUGUAGCUAUAUUGUCCUUUUGCUGAUGUUUUCAUACCAUUCUAAUGCUACACAGAGUGCAUUGCGCAAUAUUGUAGCCUCUAGUAUACAUAUCCUCGUCAUGUUUUGGACGUCUCUAAAAAAUUAUGUCUCCUUUUGGUCUUAGUAUUAUUUAUUUAGUGUCUCAACUUCUAGUACGACAUGGGCACCUUUUAGCAACGAGAAUGUUCAUAUGUGUGAGUUCAUGGAUUUUUUUGUAUCUCUCACUUGUGGAUAGCUGUAAUGGAUCAUUGCAUUUAGGUGUAAGCUCUUUAAUUCAUGUAAAAGAGCACUUCCUUUCAUGGGUUGAAAAUGAAUCCAGGAAACAUUGACUUUUACUGAGAUUUGGUAAUUUGGCCUCUGACUGAUAGCUGUAACAGAUAGGGCCUGACUUUUCCGGGUUUUAUUUUUAGCCACUCGUGAAAAAAGUUUCUAAGGGUAAAAACCUAGUAUUGGUUUGAAGCAAAAUUUGAUACAGAAACCAUGUCUAAACUGGUUACCCUGUUCAGGUCACUCUUUCUAAAAAAGAGCUCACCAACUUGUUCAAAAGCUUAUAUUGUAAAUCAGUGAUUGGAUGUUUUACAUUCGAUUAAUAUAAAGGUGUGUCACACAUCUUUAAGUCAAAAAUGAAUGGAUAUUUAUCACAUCUUAUUACUCUACGUUCUUAUAAUUGAAAAUUCUGUGGAUCAGGAAAUGACAAAGCCCUACUGAGGGACGGUUUCCUUUGGCAUCACUCGCUGGGGAAUACUAUUCUGAGACAUUCUGUGCAAAUAUUGUUUUAACCACUUUUUAAAAAAAAUUGCGGAGUGAGUGUCAAAUUGGUAAAUUUGUGUGAGCGUGGUGGGGCUGUAGAGUGGCUUUGUGAGGGGGAAAUUUGCCCUCUAGUUUGAACUUACAGUAAACUACAUAACUGACAUGGAGAAGGGUACUCCUCAAUCAUCAUACAUAACUCACAAUAUAGUCCUGAAAAACAGAUAUUUCACUUCUGGCUUGAGUCUUGACCUCAGACAAGUUCAUGUGUGAUUCUUUGUUAUGACCAGCUCGGAUAAAAUAUGCUACGUGGGAUUCUUCUUUCCACUUAACUUGCAUUUGGGAUCUCACCUAGUUUGGUUGUGGGGGGGUUAACUAUAUCCUGUACACAUUUACUGCACACUAGAGUACUGCACAGAGAAAAAUUAUUCUUCUGCAUCAUGUAACUAACAAAAUACAGGCUUUUGAGCACAACACCAUGACUGUGGAUGUCAGCGGAGAGCGAGCGCGGUUCUCAGAACCACAUGAUGUCGCCUAAACCAACUGUCCUUGAGAGCUGGCGACUUCACUGGCAGAGCAGCUUACCAUGAGGUUGCAGCAGUGUCUGUUUCGACAUCCUCAGAUACGAUCUUCUCUGUAACUACCUCUUUCGCUCUAAAUGUGGACUGCACUUCUGAUCAGAGCAAAUAAUCAUGCUAGACAUAUAAUGCGGUGCAAACUUUCUGAACGUGUCACAUAGCCACCACAGCUCAUGACCCUCAAGGUCAGCUUCCAAAAGCUGGAUUAAACAUCACACACAUACGAAGGCACCCCUUGGGAUUUCAGUUUGUGCUCUGAUGCAAAACUGAUGCUUCCAGGGUGAAGUUCAAUCUGACCACUGAUCAUUGAAGUUGUUUGAAGGUAUAAUACAGGAUACAGUAGAACCUCUUCGUAAUAAAGUUAGUCGAACCAGAAAGAAACUUCACUAUAUCAGUAGCUCAUGGUUUGUUGGACCACAGGUUUACUUCAUUAAUCCAUAUCCUAACUAUAUACAUGUUAACUAUGUGGAGGUGCUACCCGAAAAUGUCAGGCCCUAGAUACAAAGUACAUGUGAUUCCUUUUGGGGUUGCUUACCUUUAAGUAGUCGUGCCCCUGCCACCUAGCCGAAAAUUGUGGCACCUGAAAUCACAGACCUGAAGGGAAGCUCUGUGCACUUCUGGUUCGCAUUAUAGUACGGUAACAUGAUUGGUUGUGUGCUGGUAAGAGACAUCUUAAUGCGCACUCUCUCAAUGGCUUUUGUUAAAGUAAGUGGACCACCCACUUAUGACAUCAAUACUUGAUGGUGUGGUCUGAAUCUUAAGACAGUGAGCUUGUAGCCAUUGUGGCACAGUUAAACUGAUGCAUGACUACAUCCAGGGUUGUUAAACUUGCUUUUUAGAUGUGUCUGACUUACAGUUACAGAUAAAGGAGUUCAACUGUAUCUAAGUCUAAUAUGCCAUAGCAAACACAGUCACUCCGGAACAGUACUCAACACUCUUAUAGUUUAAAAGAGGGUCUUCCACAUACACAUGGUGUAUUGAAUAAUGCUGAUUUCUUAAUUGUAUAUGUAUAUUUGAAAAGUUAUUUAGGAAUCUAUGCACCUCAACAACAAAUUACGAAAGUCUUUUAUUGUCAGGAGAUUAACUAGAUAAAACUCCCACGGAAAUAAAUAAGUAAAAGUAAAUGACGACAGCAUACCUGCACCCCAUUAAGCACCAGUGAACCUCAGUUGGAACCCCAAUCCCAGUUGGUAAUCGUAAAUUAUUGUACACUGUUCUAGGCACACCAAUUAACUUUUGUUUGUUUAGGUUUUUGUGUUAAUAGAUAGAAGUAUGCAUCUGAAGAUGUAGGUACAUGAUAACUAUCCAAAACAGUUUAGUCAAAUACUUUUUCCCAGUUGAUUAAUAACCGUGACUACAUCAGAACGUGUGUGAAGUGUUCAGCUUGGUACCUUGGAUGUUUUUUAAUUCUUAGUUUUCACCUUACUCAGAUGUAGGGGCAAUACCCCUAAUAUUCUGGGUGCAUGACAUUGGUGUGCACAAACACUACAACUGAAAUGACGCACGUAAAUUUUGGAGCCCCACGAGGCACAAUGAUCCCUUCUACUGGUACAAAUUUGGAAACAUAGCUGAAGUUAAUGGGACAAUUACAUCCCUGAUAUUUUAAAUACGCAACUUUGAGUGAGUAAUCUGGAUAUCUGCUCAUGAUUCUCUGAAAAAAAAGAAGAGUUAUGGGUAAAACUUAUAUAGACAGCAGUGUUGGUUGCGCCAGUAGUGACUAUCUAUGAAGAGCAAUACAUACUUGCGUUUGACAGGUUUUUUGAGCAUUUAGCAUUCUUAGCUCAUAUGAGCUUCACAUUUUGAACAAAAACAUUCUUUGGGGUGGUAUAGAAGUAAAUUUGUACCACUUAUUGAGACCAUUGGGGUUUGACUCUAACCAUUCUCAAUGAUAACUCAUGAUUUACAAAAGUAAUUGUGGCCUAGUGUACUAUUGGCUUUGUGGUGUUUUUGUGUUUGUAUCAUGUAAUACUGUGCACAAAUAUUACUGCAGAAUAAUAAGAUGUGUUACAUGUGUGGAAUGUACAAAGACAUUCAUUCAGUAUCUACAGAAUUAGAUGAAACCUUGCAUGAUAGUAGCCAAUCCCAACUACUUGGUAUGAAGAAAGCUUAAUUUAUUUUAACUGUGUGAUUAUCACUCAGAUUCAUAAUUUGUAAACUUUGAUUAACAUAACAAUCAAAUAAGCGAUCGGAGCUUAGCAAAAUUUAACAUAUAAGAAGAUUAAGUUUGUUGUAGAUGGAGUAAAAACGUGUUAUUUUGUUUCUGCUUGCACAGAGGUACAGCUCCCAGAUUUUUUAGUAUCAUAUGAUUGUAUUAGAAAUCCUGGCUGUGCCUAAAACAGCAAAAUUUGAGAAAUUUUCUAAACUCGAGUCCUUGUACAUGCUUUCCUUCACAGUGAUAUAUUAUUUGGUACAAACAGAUAUUUUAUCCACUUCAUAUUGCUACACUGUGAUCUUUCUUAUCGAAAAAGUGACAGCAGCUUCGAAAGUGCAUAACAGACAGUGUAUGACAUCAAAUAGGCUUGCCUUGCUGCUGACAGUUCUUUGUUAUGGAUAUUUCACCUUGGUAAGAACAAAGAAACACAGGUUUAUGCAUCUGAGGGAUUGCAUUGUAGUAUUGUCAUUGAUGAGAUAAGCUUGUGAUGCUAUUCUUUAAAUUGCAUGCUAUGUGUGGAAUUUUCACGUUAGUUAUAGGUGUUUGUGCACAGAGAUUGUAUUUGAUGCUGUUUAUCCUAACAUCCAUUCCAUUUGUCUUACACAAGCAGUGUUUACAUGCAGUAUAUAACUGGUUUAGCUUGCUUUAUCUGAACAGAUACUCAUACUGUGUGUACUACCAAAGGGAGCAUUCCAAGCUAUGAAUAUGUGAUUGUAACAAGCAGUAGUGAUUAAAAAGGGGUUGGUAUGAGGAAGUGCUAUAAGACAGUGGUUCCCAGCCAGCUCCUUUCGUGGAACCUGGGGGAUUCUUGAAACUACCCAUUUUGCUCCAUGAGCUGUCCGAGGGUUACUUCAACAAGCUUUUGACAAAGCAUAUAAUUUUUCCCAAGAUGCGUGCUCGGAGGCUAAGAACGUGCACUCACUCUGAAAUAUUGUUCAAAUUAGUAUUGUUUUUGGUUGCUCCAGUUACCUAAUUUGUGUUAUCACACAGUUGUCCACAGGGAACAUUUUAAAGGUGUACAGGUCCUCAUAAGAGUGACUUCUUCACAAUAUCUGUUUCCAAAUUAUUUAUUAACAUCCCAAGUUGUCCCUUCUCUUACAUGAUCCUCUCAGAUGGGCUCAGGAGGUAUGUCACAUAAUAUAAAACUUGUAAGGUCCCGCAAGUCAAGAAGGGUUGGCAACCACUGCUAUAAAACAAAGCCAUCUGGUAUUAAAUCUACUGGAGAAUGUAUCAACAAAGUUGAAAUGUAAACAAGAACCUAAGGGUUAGCCAAGAUAAAGCACGGGGUUUGUAAUGAAGAUAAAAUGAAUAAAAAGAGAGGUUGGGAGCAGAACUAAAUUGAAAGACAUAUUGUGGUCCAAAAAUUUUAUGUAAGAAUUGCAGUUUGGUCCAGCUCUUUAUGGAGAAGUCAUGAAAGUUAAAAAAAAGAAAAAGAAGAAAAGAAAAUGCCGCACUCUUAACAUUUCCAAUGGCCCAUACUGCUUGCAAAGCCUCGUGUGUAUGCGCACUUAUGUGGUUGGAUAGCUGCCUAAGCUUUGUUACAGUAUUUAAUUUGCUGUAUUUUAACAAAGAGUUAAUUGCAUAGUCCGGAAGAUUUCGUCAGCUAAAGAGAGUGGUGGAAUUGGGUAUUGACAAUGUAUAGGAACAAGCUGUUUUUCCUUUUUCAUAAUUUACUCACAACAAACAAACUCGUAACAAAUCUUACUCAUUUACUCAUAACAAAUCUGGAAACUGAAAAUUUUUUAGACGAUUUUUUAGCACUUCAUAUGUCAUUGAUGAAACUUCCGUCGUCUGCCGUGCCAGCUGUAUUCUUUACGAUGGGAACAUUAUCUUGGCUAACCCUGCAGUUGCUGCUCUUGCAAAUCAGCUGAUAUUGAUGUGCAUCUAGUACAGGUUAGUACAGUAGAUAGUACAUUUCAGACAUGUUUCAUUGAACCUGCACUAGUCAAGUCACACAACUUGUUGAUAAUCAAAUUUCUUACAAUCAGAUGUGUACUUCUUGUUGAAGUCUGUCAGACUUUAAGCAGAGUUUUAGGGUGAAUAUGGUCAUAUGCAAUGCAGCUUUUAUAAUUGCACAAAAUCUUAUGAACAGGGACAUUGGAAAUAAGCCUCGUGACCUGUACCCAUACACUUGUACCUCCCCACUAGGUUGCAAAAACUGAUGGAAAAUUGAAAAUUAUAAAAACAAAUUCAAAAACAUAUUUACACAGUAUUUACACAGUUCUAGCAUUAAUGUGAAACAUUGCUAAAGCACAGGUACUAGAACUACACAAAGGAGAGCUUCCGGGUUCUGUAGCCCCUAUGUAUUAGUACAGCGAAGGAAACAGGUUGGUAGUAAUAGACUCACCUAUUUAACAAGUAAAUUUCACUCAGAAUUAAAUCAUACAUAUGUUACCACUCAAACUCCUGCACACCUUGGAUGGGGGAUAUGGAGGUACUCUUACUCAUUUUUGUCAUUAACUCAGUAGUUAACAGAUGAAUGUAUGCAAUUGUGCAAAAUGUCAGGUGAAACAAAAUGAAAACUAGGGUGGUUUGGUACACUGUUUGUUUGAAAGCAGUAGAACACCUACUUCUUGGUAAGGAAGACUAAAAACAGAACCGACACAAGGCACACACUGGAUUCUUUAUUGCUUUUGCACAUUUGGGUUGUUCCACACUUUCCUAACAAUUGUCUGGAAGAGGUCAUUUGGUGUAGCUUGAUCGUUGACAUAGUCUAUAAUAGUUACCAUAUUUCUUUUCCACAUAUGUAUAUUUAGUAUUGUAACCUUGCAGCUGUUUGUUGUGUGAAAGAAUAUGCUUGAAAGAACCACACCUUUAGGGUUGGGGUCUUAGUUACUUUGCACAGAAAAGUGGGGGCAACUUUGCAAGCUGAUGUCUGACUUCUAUGUAUGGCAUGAGCAGUAUCCAACUGCAAGCAUCAUCUAGCCUAGGAAAACACGAUGAUAUUAUUCUGAAGUAUGAGUAUGUAGGGUCAUUUUUUGUAGCAUUCUGAUGCUGCACGUUAGUCAAGCUUUUGAUGGGUUUCUUUUUAUAGUGACGACCUUGUACGCUGUAUGGUGCCAAAUGUUUUUGCUUUUUAUGUUUUGCUUCACAUUAUACCACUAGUGAACAAUAAAACUCUAUGUUCUGGU